UCCUUAGUGUGUCUCACUUCCCAUAUAUGCUAGGCACCAUAUAAAAGUUCCUGUGUAUUAAACCUCCUCAUUCACUCAGUCUUCUAAAUGUGUUUCCAGUGGCUGAGGAAGAUAUUCCGCUGGCUAAGAGGGAGGUGUCCUCGCCGGAACAGAGGCUACAGCCAUGAGAUCUCAUCGCAUCAUGGAGGAGGCUACGGCAGCAGUGGGGGUGUGCCAAGCCUCCGGGGACACGGCUCCUUCUUCUGUGGUGGGGAUGGCUCGGUCGUCUACAGCGGGGGAAUUUCGCCCUCCCACUCCAUGGCGGCGUCUUCCACCUGCAGCGUUGGAGGGGGAUACAGAUGCGGCGGUGGCGGAUCUGUUGUAAUAGCCAGCGGGGACAGGGGGGAGGCAUCUGCAUGGGGCACUGCAAGGGGGUCUGUGCUGGACGCAGGGGGAGGGCCAAGAUACAGCAUUGAGGACUCAGGCAAUAUUGUCAGCUCAGGGGGUGGUGGAGGAUCCAGCUGCUACAGUGGGAGAUUGGGCUACAACAGGACAGGAGGCUCCAGCUACUGGGGUGAUGCAUCAUCAAGAGACAAGUCUAUAAUAACAGCUGGGGGCAGCAGUGGAUCAGGGUACUGUCGUGGCCCAGAGAUGAGCUCUGGAGGCAGUGGGUCCUCCCACUCCGUGCAGCAGAAAUGCCCCGUGGUCAUUCCUGACAUCAAGUCCCAUCACACCAAGCAGGAUUGCCACUGGCCCGCCAGCCAGAAGUGACCGACCCAGAAGCUCGCUUGUGCUCAGGCAGAAGUGCCCUGGGUGUGCCACAUCACAGCUUUUCUCCAGCCUUGUCAUUAUCGUUCAGGAGCUUUGCAUUCCCCGUGCCGGGCUGCGCUUGCAAUGCCGCUGUGAGCUCUGCUCGCUUUGGUGCUGGGAAGAGGUUGCUCCCUCCAUCUCCUUUUGCACAUGGCAUGGGAAAUAAAACCUUACUGUCUGUUGGAACUUCA